CAUAAACACAACACUAAUCUGGUCCUGUAAAUCUGACUUCACUAUCAUCUUAUUUACAUACAUCUCGCCAGUCUCACAAAUCCUACAAUAAUUAUCGAAACAAGUUCGUUUAAGAUUGACAGUCAUACAAGUCAAAGAAUCGUUUCACAAUUUUAGUCGUAGUUGCUCAGUGAAGCUGAGAAUAACAUUUCAGUUCAAUAAUCAUGUCGAACUAUAAUAAUUACUAUCUUAAAAAUAACGGUUUGACCCAGAUUUCUGCAGCAAAUAUAAAUUGCAUGCACAAGUUGGGGGAAGGGGCGUUUGGAAAAGUGUUCAAAGGAAAAUGGAUUCGACGCAAGAACGGACAAUCUUACUUUACCGACAUCGCCAUUAAAAUUAUGAACUAUCAAGUAGAAGAGGAUGACGCGUGGAAGGAGGCAUACCGAAUGAGCCAACUAAACCAUCAAAACAUUCUGUAUCUUUACGGUAUCUGUAACCCAUCCGGUUUUACUGUUCCUUGGAUGAUUAUGGAAUACAUGCCCGGUGGCGACUUGCUACACUACUUGCUAACUCAUCGAGGAGGUCUGCCAUUGACCUGGAUGAUGAAGAUUGCGUUUGGCGUCGCUUGUGGUAUGGAAUACCUUCACGACAAUGCAGGUCAAUACCAUGGCGAUCUUGCUGCUCGGAACUGCCUCCUUGGACUGAACACAACCGUAAAGAUUGGAGACUUUGGGAAAUUUCAAAGCAACUACGAAUCAGAUUACUACCAAAUGUACCCAGAUGGAAUGAGUCAGGACCUAAUGCCAAUGCCGUUACGAUGGAUGCCAAGAGAGAACGUACCCUUGUCAAAGUGGGCCAAGCCAAAGUUUAACUAUGCGGGGGAUGUUUGGUCAUAUGGCGUUCUUUUGUUUGAAAUCUGGACCAGAGGAUGGCUCCCAUUUAAUGGGCUUGGUAACACAGAAGUAGUUUGCUCACUUCAUCAAGGAGAAAAUCCAUCCUACUAUAAGGACGUGAAUGCCUAUUGCGUCAUUAAAGCUGUCAUUGAUGCUUGUUGGAAUCAAAAUCCAAAUGACCGACCAAGUUUUCAAGAUAUAAGAAUUAAUUUGGUAGAAAAGGCUGGACAUUUGAUCUGAAAUUUUGGAUGCAGUUUACUUACUUUAAUGGGCGUUUCUUAAAUAAGUCAUCAUACACCAAUUCAAUUGAUGUGAAAUGUAAUGUUCUUUUUGCGUGUAACUCAACGUUAGUUUUUUUUCAUGAAUCCUACAUAUAAACGGCAUACUACAUACAUACAUAGAUCAUAAACUUAAAUGCAAAAUUUGAUUACCCAUUUAAAUGUGUAUGCUGUAGCUUAUGAAUUUAAAUUAAAUUUACGAUUCAUGUUCAA